AUGAGUGAACCAACCCGAGGCUAUCGGCCUCUCGCGCCGCGAACCCAGCUGCUCGGCGGAGGUGAUGGCGGCGCGAGUCCCGGGGGGAGCGCCCCCGAGGAGAAGCGGAUGAGGCGAGCCUCCACGGCCUGUACCGAGUGUCAACGGCGCCGCACCAGAUGCACCGGCCCUCCAUACUGCACUGAAUGUACAACCCACUCCCGUGAAUGCGUGUUUGACGAAGCUUCCGACAGACGUCGCAAGGCCUCCGCCAAACGAACCCAGGACCAGCUGGAGAAUUAUCGGUCGUUCUUGGACGACCUCAUUGGUCUACUUCGAGAUAGCGACACGCGAACGGUGCAAUUGAUCGUGGACACCAUUCGCUCGGGGGCCAGUCCAGAACAUCUUCGCAAUACCCUCACUCGCAUCCUGGAGAAUGACGUCGGUCAGCCCUCCAGCAACUCCGGCCCUCACGACCCCAACCUCAUUCUGAACUACACCGACCCCAACGAUGCCAAAUAUCACGAUCAAGCCCCUCGUUGA